CCCACUCUCUCACGCUCACGAAUCGCUCCUCACAUCACCCCUCAGCCGUCUCCAAGAUGCCUCUCCGCGAACUCCAGUAUCCCGCUGAGCCUUACAGCAGGGUUAACCGACUUAGAGAUCGAGGGGACUAUACUCUGGAGACCAUCCACCAGAUUGUGAACUCAUGCCCCAUGCUGCAUGUUUCCUUCCAGCCUCCAAACAGCCCCUUUCCGGCGGUCCUGCCCAUGAUCGGCCAGAUGGGCUCCUUCACGCGGCCGAGCGCUGAUCUGGGAGAUGUGCUGGACUUGUAUCUUCACGGCUACGUCUCCUCCCGCAUAAUGAACCUUACCCGCUCCCCCAACUCCCAAGAGCAGGAAGGCCUCCCCGUCACUGUCGCCGCCUCGCACCUAGACGGGCUUGUCCUCGCCCUGACCCCAAACUCGCACAGCUACAACUACCGCAGCGCUGUGCUCUUCGGCCACGCCACGCUCGUGACCGACACGGCCGAGAAAUUAUACGCCAUGGAGCUUAUCACCAACAGCGUGGUCCCAAACCGUUGGUCCAACUCGCGCGUGCCGCCCAACGCGGCUGAGAUGCAGAGCACGAGCGUACUGAAGGUCAAGAUCAACACGGGUAGUGCUAAGAUUCGGACAGGCGGCCCGCAUGACGAGAGGGGGGAUAUGGAGGACGAGGGGCUACUGGACUGGGUGUGGACUGGGGUGGUGCCGGUGUAUACUGUAAUGGGAGAACCAAUCGCCGGGGGCUAUAAUAGGGUUGGGGAGGUGCCUGGGUACCUGGAGAGUUGGAGGCAGGAGGCGAAUCAAGGUGCAGAAGAAUAUGCUAAGGAGGCGGUCGGGAGGGAGGUUGCUAAGAAGACAGGGGAGUGAGUGGCAAUGAAGUGAGAGACAUGAUAGAAUACGUCGACGCGCCCCAACUCCCAACCAGCUCAACCCCGGGAUUUGACCUGUUAUGGGACCAACACCGAAAUGGGCCUUAGCCAGAGAGGGUAGCCACAGAGGAAGGACUUCUUCGCCAUGACAUUGUGCAGUCAUCAGCGUACAUUCCAAACACAACGUUCCAAAAAAUAAAAAAACGUCCAAAUCGAGACAC